AUGACAGCGGCUCCAACAAUUCUGGCAACCUGCAAGCAGACCCGCUUCCAUCUACUGGACGAGAACCCGUCCUCUGAGGUGGACGUAGAGGGUCUCGGAAUCGUCGUCACCUCGUCCGUCCCCGAACCAACCGAAGAUACCUCCAAACCAAAGGGCAAGGCCAAAGCCAGAGCGAAAGCACCCGGCAAAGAGCUGAUUUCUGACGGCCAUCUCCGCCUGAAGGGAGGGGUGCAUUAUGGACUCCUUGGCCGCAAUGGAACCGGCAAGUCCACGUUGCUGCGAGCAAUGGCGGAGAAGCUCAUCCCCGGCAUUCCUCAUGUUACGCGCAUCGCUAUCCUCCAGCAGACCGAGACGGACGAUGAAUCGGGGGGCUAUGGGAGUCUCAAACUGGACCAAUCCGUGCUGCAGUCCGUGCUGAGCAGUGAUGAAGCCAGGAAUGAGGCGUCUCGCACCGCAGACUACUUGUCAAAGAGCUUUGAAACCGAGGACCCGAUGGCUCCGGUCAAGGCCAUUCGCAAGAUUCAACAUCAGCAGGCAGAGAAGAUGCUCUUCCUGGCCGAGAAAAACGCCAGCUUGAAGAGCGGCGCUAGGGGUCUACAGGCGAGGAAGGACCUGAAAGCGGCUGAGGCCAAACUAGUGUCGUCAAAGGAGCGGCUUUACCAAGAGGCAGAGUCAAUCGAUGCCGAAGCAGUCCAGGUGGACACACAGGCUGCCGUUGAGGUAUUGCAGACUGCACAAUCCCAGCUCGAAGAUAUGAACCUCGCAGACAUGGAGAAAGAAGCCCGUCGAAUUCUUCUCGGUCUAGGAUUCAAAGAAGAAAACCUAGACAAGAAAGUGUCCACACUCUCCGGCGGCUGGCGAAUGCGAUGCAUGCUGGCGGCCGUCCUCAUCCAGAACCCGGAUAUUAUGAUCCUCGACGAGCCAACCAACUUCCUAGACCUCCUGGGCGUCGUCUGGCUCGAGAACUACCUGCAACAACUACGAGAGAGCUCUGAAACAACAAUCCUCCUGGUAUCACACGACCGGGACUUUAUCAACGCUGUCUGCGAAGAGAUCGUGAUUAUCCGAGAUCAGAAAUUGACCUAUUUCAAGGGCAACCUGGCCGCCUACGAGCAAGACUUCGAAGAGCAGAAGCUGUACCUGGGCCGCAUGAAGGAAGCCCAGGAGCGGCAGAUCGCGCACAUGGAAGCGAGUAUCCGCGAGAACAUGAAAAUCGGCAAGAAGACCAAUGACGAGAAUAAGCUGCGGCAGGCGAAGUCUCGGCAGAAGAAGGUCGAUGACCGGAUGGGUCUCCAGGUCAGUGCGAACGGGGGUCGGUUCAAGUUAAAUCGGGAUCUGGUGGGCUUCCACCUUACCGCCCGUGCAGAGAUCGAGGUGCCACAGGAUGAGAGGGGAGCAACGAUGGCGCUGCCUGAUGCAACGGAGCUGCGGUUCCCGGGCCCGCUGGUCUCCCUGGAGGGGAUUACUUUCAGGUACAAGAAGAAUGAUCGUGUGGUCCUGGAUGAUGUGAACUUGGUGGUUCAUAUGGGCGACCGUGUGGGUAUCAUGGGUCUGAAUGGGUCUGGUAAGACCACGUUGAUCCGGGUUUUGAAUGGCCAGAUGCCCCCGUCUAGGGGCAAGGUCUCGACCCAUUCGCGGCUCAAGGUGGGCUAUUAUGGCCAGCAUUCUGUGGAGGAGCUACAGGAGCUUGGCCGAAGCGAUCCUGGCCUAACCGCGCUGGGUUUAGUGAUGGCUGAUACCGAAGGGACUCUGAGUGAAGGUGCUGUGAGAGGUCUUCUUUCAUCGAUGGGCUUGGCUGGCCGUGUUGCGUCGGAUGUUCCUGUCGCCAAGUUGUCGGGUGGACAACUGGUCCGUCUUGCCCUGGCCCGUAUUGCCUGGAGCGCACCCCAGCUGCUUGUGCUCGAUGAGAUCACUACACAUCUGGACUUUCACACGGUGACUGCGCUUGCCACAGCGCUCUCGUCAUUCAACGGGGCUAUUAUUCUGGUCUCGCACGACCGGUUCCUGAUCCGCUCCGUAGUCGAGGGCAAGCGAGAUUUGGAGCAUAAGCUAGACGAGGACUUUGAGGGCUUGGAAGAGGAAGAGACGGAGGAAUCUAAGACUCGCCGCCGCUCAGUCUACGUGCUCAAAUCCGCUCAAGUGACGCCCGUGCCUGGAAGAGCUGACCCCGCGGCGACUGGGAUCCGGCUGCCGCCUCAUAACUAUGAAUCUUCCUCCCGCAUCACCGCCCUCAAGGCUGCGAAGCCGUUUUCCGAGUUCUUGACCGAUUCAUUCAAUCGCCAACAUGACUACCUGCGGAUCAGCGUGACCGAGCGGUGUAAUCUGCGAUGUCUAUAUUGCAUGCCGGAGGAAGGGAUAGAGCUGUCACCCUCGGCCCGGCUGCUAACGUCUCCGGAAAUUGUCUAUCUGUCGUCAUUGUUUGUUUCCCAAGGCGUGACAAAGAUUCGUUUGACGGGUGGAGAGCCGACAGUGCGGAAGGAUAUUGUGCCCUUGAUGCAGGACAUUGGCAAGCUCCGGUCGAACGGAUUGCGCGAGCUAUGCUUGACCACCAACGGAAUAUCGCUUCAUCGAAAGCUGGACGCAAUGGUGGAAGCUGGGUUGACGGGUGUGAAUCUGAGCCUCGAUACGCUCGACCCGUUCCAGUUCCAGAUCAUGACGCGCCGGAAGGGCUUCGAGGCGGUGAUGAAGAGCAUCGACCGGAUUUUAGAAAUGAACCGAGUCGGUGCGGGCAUCAAGUUGAAGAUUAAUUGCGUGGUGAUGCGGGGCAUGAACGACCGCGAGAUCAUCCCGUUUGUAGAGAUGGGCCGCGAGAAGCCCAUCGAGGUGCGUUUCAUCGAGUAUAUGCCAUUUGAUGGGAACAAGUGGAACCAGGGCAAGAUGUUCUCGUACCAGGAGAUGCUCGAGGUGAUCCGAGCGAAAUACCCCACGCUGGAGAAGGUCGUCGACCACAAGAACGACACCAGCAAGACCUACCAAGUCCCCGGGUUUGCAGGCCGAGUAGGCUUCAUUACCAGCAUGACGCACAAUUUCUGUGGCACUUGCAACCGGUUGCGGAUCACAAGUGAUGGCAACCUGAAGGUGUGUCUGUUCGGCAAUGCCGAGGUCUCUUUACGAGAUAUUAUUCGGAAAGAGAACCACGGACAGCCGAUUGACGACGCCGCCGUUCAAGAGCUGGGGCUUAUGGAGACAGUUCAGGCCGCUGCUCAUCUGAGCGACGAAGGGGCCCUGGUGCCUGAACGUGAACGCGAGAUUUUGGACAUCAUCGGCAAGGCCGUGAAACGCAAGAAGGCCAAGCAUGCCGGGAUGGGCCAGCUGGAAAAUAUGAAGAACCGGCCUAUGAUUCUCAUCGAUAGUCCAUUGCGGCGACCCUCCGGGCCAUGGCGCCCUGCAUCUGCCCGCCCGUCAACAAUUCCCUCACAUCUUCUCCCUGCCUCAACCGGGUCUCUUCAGGCGCGAUUGUACCACACCCGCUCGGUCCAGGACCCCUCAACAUCCCCCAACCAGCGUGAUCGUCGGGCAUCCCCCUCGCUCCCUACGGCCUCCGACCCCGACCUUCCUCACCUCACCCCCUCUCAGACCGUGCACAUGACCCAGAUCACAUCCAAACCGGAGACCCAACGCCUGGCCACCGCGGCGUGUGAGGUCACCUUCUCCAAUGCGCGACCAUGGGAACUUCUGCGCCAGGGCCAGGGGACUCACAAAGGAGACGUCUUUAGUGUGGCCCGGAUUGCGGGGAUCAUGGCGGCUAAACGAACCCCGGAUCUGGUCCCGCUCUGUCAUCCUGGCAUCGGAAUCACGGGCGUGGAAGUGGACGUCGACCUCGUCGGACCCAGCGACACGCCCGACACGCCCGACACAGGCGAUCACGGGCGGAUGCAGAUUCGGGCGACGGUGAGCUGCGCGGGGCGGACGGGAGUGGAAAUGGAAGCGAUGACGGCCGUCAUGGGGGCAGCGUUGACGGUGUACGACAUGCUCAAAGCAGUGGACAAGGGGAUGGUCAUUGGCGGCGUGCGGCUUUUGGAGAAACAGGGCGGCAAAAGCGGGCACUGGCUUCGUGAGGAGGUGCUGGGCGUUUCAAGGGUAUGA